AUGGCCUCAAGACUUGUAUGCUGCCACCUGCUAUUAAAUCAAAGAUCUUCAAUAACCAUCUAUGCAGAUGUCACUGGCCCCGAAUCCGCAACCGACGCCAUUCUCCUCAUCUAUGACAUAUUCGGUUUCUUCCCCCAAACCAUCCAAGGCGCCGACAUCCUCGCCAACUCCAGCGAGACCCGCAAGUACCGCGUAUUCAUGCCCGACUUCUUCGAAGGCAAGCCCGCCGACAUCUCAUGGUACCCCCCCUCCACCAAAGACCACGCCGAUAGCCUGAACACCUUCUUCUCAACCCAAGCAGCACCCCCGAAGACCCUCUCCAAGAUCCCCGGUGUCGUCGAAGAUGCGAACAAGACCGCUGGCCAUGGCUUCGCGAAAUGGGCCAUCGUCGGCCACUGCUGGGGCGGCAAGAUUGCUAGCCUUAGCGCAGGGAAGGACAAUACUACUUUCAAGGCAGCGGUGCAGUGUCACCCUGCCAUGGUGGAUCCUGCCGAUGCCACGGAAGUGAAUGUGCCCAUGGCUUUGCUGGCUUCGAAGGAUGAGCCUGCGGGUGAUGUCGCGGCUUAUCAGGCUAAUUUGAAGGUUCCUAAUCAUGUUGAGACCUUUUCUGAUCAGAUUCAUGGGUGGAUGGCUGCACGCUCGAACUUGAGUGAUACUCAUGUGCAGAAGGAGUAUGAGAGGGGUUAUCAAACUGUUUUGGGCUUCCUGGAGCAAUAUUUGUAG